GCCUCUUGUUUUCCAGAUCGGAAAAGAAGAAGAAAAAACAGAGACAAAAUGGCAGGAGCAUUUUCAUACGAAUCAUACAAUCAUUCCUCCGCCGCCGUCGCGCCAGCCACCGCCAUGGCGGCCCACUCGUCCUCAUCGCGGGGCUCCCGGAAGGCGGCUCUAAUCCUCCGGCUGCUGACGUUAGCCUGCCUACUGAUAUCCCUGGUGAUCCUAACCACCAACACCGCCACGCUGCAAGUCAUCACCAACUUCUCCGCCGCCGGACCUACCCUCACCGGCAUCACCGUCCACUUCAAGGACAUCUACACUUACCGAUAUAUGCUGGGGGCGACGGUGGUUGGGAUGGCGUACACGAUGCUGCAAAUCGGCUUCGCGCUGUGUUCUAUCGCCACCGGGAGGGACGGAAGUCUCACCUUUGACUUCUACGGCGAUAAGGUGAUUUCGUACAUACUGGCGACGGGUUCGGCGGCGGCGUUCGGCGCGACGAGGGAUAUGAAGCCGUUGUUCGCCGGAGUUGGGAACGUCGACAAGUUUUUCAACAAGGGUUACGCUUCGGCGAGUCUGCUCCUCCUCGGGUUCGUCUGCACCGCGAUAUUAUCCGUGAUGUCCUCUUACGCCUUGCCCAAGAGAUAUUGAGAUAAUUAAUUUCUGAAAUUAGUCAAUUGCAUACCUGUAACGCGAGUGGAGUAAACUAUCUAUUUGUUUUUUUAUUUGAUUAAACAGUUGUUAUGGGGUUGAUUAAUGUAUACUGUAACAUAAUUAAUUGUUGUGUGGUUUCCAAGGGAUGGUAUAUGGAUUUAUGUAAAUGAGAUUUCGGGGGUUACGCGUUGUGUGUAUUAGUGUAUUACUAAAUUGGUGCAAGUAGUUAGUGGUUUUUCUAUGGAGAAAUUGGCAAUGAGGAUGGGGUAUUUGGAUC